AUGAAGAACAUUUAUGGAUUAUCUUCAAAGCCAUCAGUCAAGAGUCCAGUGCCACAAGGAUAUCUCGGAUAUUUAACACAGAAACAACUACAGCAACUAAAUAAGAGUAAAUUGAAGUCACCAAAUCCUAUUCCACAAUAUCAAUCGUCAUCGUCUGUACUGAUGAAGAAGAAACCUUUCGACUAUACAGAUCAUCAUUACCGAGACACAAUCGGACGUCUUAAGUUGAUGUUGGCGGAUGUUUAUUCACCAACAAAAUAUUCGUCAUCGUCAUCGAUUUUCAAGUCAGUGACUGACGAUGAAACUGAUACAACGGAGAAUACAAUCGUCGAACGAUCUGUAAUGAAAGAUGUAUCGAAAUAUUAUCCUUACAAACCUUACUCAACUGUUUCAAAUGCUUCGUCAUUGUACAUUCACAAACCGGUGACGUCGCAAACGUUACAAGCUCCAAUGAGUGGCUACAAUUCUGAAGCUUUACUUCCUGUUAGCAAUGUUCAGCCUCCAAGUGAGUUGUUGAACUUUAUUGAAAAGCAAGAGUCGUACAUUGAACAGCUUGAGAAGGAAUCAAAUUUCUGUCGAGAUGAACUUUCAACUCUAAUCUCCAAAGUCAAAGACGUUGUUUCCGAGAAUGAAAUUCUCACUGAACGAUCAAAAUAUGGUUCAGAAGUUGGCGAAACUUACGAGCCAUUGAUGCGUUCAACCAAAUUUUCAGUCACUUCAGGACCGAACAUUCUUUUUGAAUCACGAAUAAGUGAACUUGAAGCACAGAUUGCGCAAAUGAAUAUUGAUUAUAAGAAACUUGCUGACGAACAUUCCGAUUUGAAACGCAAACGCGCUUUUAGCGGCGGUGAUUCAGCUGUCGACAAUUCAUGUUUAGACGCUUAUAAAAAGCAAAUUGAAAAUUUGCAACGAGAUAAGACAACGCUUGAAGAUAUGGUAAAGAAACUUCAAAAACAAAUUACAGAACUCAAAGAUCUUGAUGCAAGAGUGUUCAGCAAAACUCAACGUAAUCGUGACUUGGUCGAGCAAGCAAGUUUUGAACGAUCUCAAGCUGAUAUUGAAAUACGAAGAUUGAAGAAUGAAUUGGAACGUCAACAUGAACGCAUGCGAGAGUUGCAACUGGAAACAGCAAAAAGAAUUGCCGAAGAGCGAAACAAUGCUGACCGACGUUACACUUAUCAGGUUGAUCAGCUCGGCGGCGAUUUAACAUCGCAAUGGGAACAAUCUUCGAAAUUACAACUCGAACUUGAACGAAUGAAGCGCAUUGAAUCGGAUUUGAAACGUGAAUUGGCAUCGAAAAACAAUCAGAUUGAUGAGUUAAAAACUGAAAUUAAGUUGAAAAACACUGCACAUCUUUCGGACUUGACACAAAUCAAUGCAGAAAAGCAUUCUUUGGAACAAGAAAUUACAUCUUUAAGAAUGCAAGUUGAACGAGCUGAUCGUCAGGGAAAAGCAGAAGUUUCUCGCUUAAAUGCUGAGAACAGUUCAUUAAGACAAAGAGUUGAUCGUUCAGAUGCUGAUUUGUUACAUUCAAGACGUGAAAAUUUGAGAUUAUGCGAUCAAAUAUCAAACUUAGAGAAAGAGAUCGCCCUUGGAGAUAUCGACAGAGAUCAUCGACCAAAAGAUGUUAAAACUGUCAUCUCCGAAAUGGAAGAAAAGCAUUCUAAGACCGUGCAAGAGCUUGAGGCUAUGAUUUCGGAACAAAGACAACUCAUGGAAAAACUAACCGAUCAAUGUAAAAAUUUGACUCAGAAAUUAGACGACACGUCUCAUCAGCAUAAACCUUGCAAGAAGCAUGUGAGAUUCCAGGAGGAAAAUAUUUACGACUCUAUCUUCGAUUACAGUUUAGGGAGAGUUGUUCGUGAUGCAAAAAUUCGUCGUGUUGAUAAUGGAAAGCAUCCUGAAGAGUUUGAUCACUUCCAUGUUGGUGGAACAACAUUGUGUGCUGAUUACGCAAAGCAAGCAAUGCUUGAAGCUGCGAAAAUCACUGAAGAAUGUGAUCGGAAGAGAUGCAAAUAUAGCAACAAUUAUCCAACGCCUUUACCUAAAAGAUCCUCGAUUUAUAUUUAA